UGUUUCCCGUAGCUGACAACAAUAAAUUAUAGUUGUAUGACAAUUUUGGUAUUUCACAUAACUAUCAUUGAAAAAAUUGUUGUGUUUUCGACGUAACUUAUGUGCAUUUACUGCCUAGUGUCGAAUAUCCGUGGUUAACGAUUAUUGUGGUGGAUUCGGAGCGUAGGAGACAGCCAUCGUGCCAGUUCUGCCAGUUGAAUCAUCAUACAUGUGGUGUUAGCCGGCUGAUUUUAAGAAAUACUAAUACAACAGGCAAUUUUAGUUUAGUAGUGAGCAAAAAUAAAUAGCACACAAUGCAUCAAGAAACAUUACACCUCAUUCAAAUCCUAGAAAAGACGGUAUCACCAGACAAAAAUGAACUGGAACAAGCGUCGCAAUUCCUUGAACAAGCGGCAGCUACAAACUUAUUGGGCUUCAUCAAAACACUCUCGGACAUUCUGAGGCAUGGGGGCAACAGUCCUGUGGCCCGAAUGGCUGCUGGUCUGCAGCUCAAAAACCAGCUUACAUCGAAGGAUGCUGACAACAAAGCAGCCUACCAACAGAGGUGGCUUGGUUUUCCUGAUGACAUUCGAACCUACAUCAAGAGAAAUGUGGUGGGAGCCUUGGGAACGGAAACGAAUCGACCUUCCUCCGCCGCACAGUGCGUGGCAUACAUAGCGGUGGCGGAGCUGCCACAAAAACAAUGGCCGGACCUCAUCCAAACAUUGGUGAACAACGUGUGCCAGGCGAACUCGACGGAAAUGCAAAAAGAGGCCACCUUGGAAGCUAUCGGUUAUAUUUGCCAAGAAAUCGACUCAGAAGUGUUGGUUACCCAGUCCAACGAUAUUCUGACCGCAAUCAUACACGGCAUGCGGGUGACGGAGCAGAGCAACCACGUCCGAUUGGCCGCCACCCAGGCACUCCUCAACUCCUUGGAGUUCACGAAAGCUAACUUCGACCAACCGACCGAAAGGAACUUCAUCAUGGAAGUCGUGUGCGAAGCUACUCAGUCGCCCGAAUCUCAGAUCAAGGUUGCCGCCCUGCAAUGUCUUGUCAAGAUUAUGUCCCUGUACUACCAGUAUAUGGAACCCUACAUGGCACAGGCACUAUUCCCAAUUACUCUGGAAGCCAUGAAGUCCGAGAACGACGCAGUCGCCUUGCAAGGCAUCGAGUUCUGGUCGAACGUAAGCGAUGAAGAAGUCGAUCUGGCAAUAGAAGACACGGAAGCGACCGAAGCCGGGCGACCGCCCUCGAGAGUCUCCAGACAUUACGCCAAGGGGGCGUUGCAGUUCAUCGUCCCCAUCCUGUUGCAAAAGCUCACGAAACAAGAAGAAUUGGACGACGAGGAUGACUGGAACCCCAGCAAAGCUGCGGGCGUAUGCCUGAUGCUUUUGGCCACCUGCUGCGAAGACGAAAUCGUGCCGUACGUCCUGCCGUUCAUCAAGGAGAACAUCAAGUCCGAUAACUGGAGGUUCAGGGAUGCGUCCCUCAUGGCCUUCGGCUCAAUUUUGGGCGGGUUGGACAAUACCACCUUAAAACCACUUGUGGAACAGGCGAUGACCACACUCAUUGAGCUCAUGUACGACUCGAGCGUGAUUGUCAGGGACACAGCGGCCUGGACGUUCGGCAGGAUAUGCGAAAUCAUUCCAGAGGCCGCCAUCAACGAGACCUAUCUCAAACCAUUAUUGGAAAGCUUGGUCACCGGGCUUAAGGCUGAGCCGAGGGUGGCUGCGAACGUUUGUUGGGCUUUCUCUGGACUGGCCGAGGCCGCCUACGACCACGCCGACGCCAACGAGGAGACCGGCACUCCAGAUACUUACAUAUUAUCCCAAUAUUUCGAUUUUAUCGUGCAACGACUGCUGGAGACCACCGACCGUCCGGACGGAGCCCACGCCAACCUGCGGCCGGCCGCCUACGAGGCGCUCAUGGAGAUGGUGAAGAAUUCACCCAAAGAUUGCUACCUGACGGUCCAGAAGACCACCAUGGUUAUAUUGGAGAGAUUGCAGCAGGUUCUGCUAAUGGACACACAUAUCAGCAGCCACUACGAUCGGUCCCAGUUCAACGAUUUGCAAUCGCUGUUGUGCGGCACACUGCAGUCCGUACUAAGAAAAGUCACACCUGAGGACGCCCCCAGGAUAUCUGAUGCCAUUAUGACCGCCAUGUUGACCAUGUUCAGCUCCAACUCUUGCAAAAGUGGAGGUGUCCAAGAAGACGCUCUGAUGGCAGUGUCCACCCUCGUGGAGGUCCUCGGCGAGAACUUCCUCAAAUACAUGGAGGCGUUCAAGCCGUUCCUGUUCAUCGGCCUGAAGAACCACCAGGAGUACCAGGUGUGCUGCACGGCCGUCGGCCUCACCGGCGACAUCUUCCGUUCCCUCAAGCACAAAGCGCUGCCCUACUGCGACGAAAUCAUGCAAGUGUUGCUGGAAAACCUCGGCGACCAGACGGUCCAUCGCAGCGUCAAGCCGCAAAUUUUGUCCGUGUUCGGUGACAUCGGACUCAGCAUCGGCGCCGACUUCAAGAAGUACUUGCAGGUCGUGCUGACGACUUUACAUCAGGCUUCGCAGGCUGAAGUCGACCGUAAUGAUUACGACAUGGUCGACUAUCUGAAUGACUUGAGGGAAGGCGUUCUGGAUGCCUACACUGGAAUAAUUCAGGGUUUGAAAGGUGACGGCCCGACCCCAAAUCCGGACGUGCACCUGCUGGAACCGCAGAUACCGUACAUCGUGCAGUUCAUAAUGGUGGUGGCUCAGGACGUGGAACACUCGGACGGCACCGUGGCCGUGGCGUCGGGCAUCAUAGGCGAUUUGUGCACCGCUUUCGGCGCCCCAAUGGUACCGGUCCUGGACGUCGAGCCAAUCAACGAGAUGUUGGCGCAGGGCAGGAGGAGUCGCACCAGUCGGACCAAGACCGUGGCCACUUGGGCUACCAAAGAACUAAGGAAACUGAAAUCGUCGACCACGGCCGCGGCUGCCAGCUGGGGCGCCCUAGAUUUCUCUGUCGGUCUCAACGGAAAUGCUCAUUUAAGCGAAAGUGUGGUCCACUAGUAAUCGAAAAUGGACAUAAAAGAAUGCUUACUUUAGAUUUACUUCACCUGCUUGCGGCAUAUCAGAUGCAAAAUACAUAGGAAAGUUGUGGUCAACGGCAUCAAUGUGGAAUCCAUAUACUUAAAAUAAUCAAAAUUCAUAGUCAUUUUAGUUAUUUAAUUGUCGCUAGCCACGUGGAUUCUCAACUAAACCCAUUCGUUUCCGGCGCCACACCGCCAAGUAAUUGUUUCUCUUUUCGUGCAUCUUAGGUAUUAUUUCAAAUGUAAUUUUCUCGCCUUACAACGUUUAUUCGUGAGUGUGGCGGCCACUAAAGUCCGGUAAAUUUUUUAAAAAAAAUAACUACUAUAGUUGACAUGGUAUCGUGUCCCCCAAAUACUUUUUCGGUUAAAUGGGGUGCCGAAUGUGUGAGUACAUGAACUCUGCAUACUGCUGUGAGUGUAAACCUUAGCUGUGUACGCUUGUUACAGUUUUUCUCUCGCCUUGAUUUAUAAUUUGUCGUAUAGCGAUUGCUCAAGACUGAAGAAAGAGUGAAGUGGAUUUCGUGGUGUCAUCUCACUUGACGCAUUUUUUUUUACUUGGUCUUCAUUUUAAUUAAUUAAUAAUGUACUUGUAAUAAAGCAUUUUCUCUUCACAUAUCGAUUUUAAUAAUAGGUAAUUAUUUUUGUAAGUAUUUUUUUAAAUACCGGCUCCAGUCAAACGUUAUUCCGUCGAUCGCGAGUAAUUUUGAUGGAGUGUAUUUAAUUCCUUUCAAUGAGACUAAAGCAUGUAUCUAAAUUGUUCAACGAUCUUAUUAAAGCAGGGAUAUCUAUACAUAUUAUCUGGUAUUUGGAGCAAAAUACACUUGGGCAGGUACCCAACUAAAUGAAGACCAUCUAGUUAAUGUCAAAAUUUAAUAUUUGUAUUAAUAUUACUCCGAAGGAUUUUCAUUUCGAUUGUGAUUCAGGUUUUCACCUAUUGUUUUAUGUGCUUCUCCGUCUUGUUUAUUGUUCUUAGGUAUUGAAUUCAAUUCAACAUAUUUUUGAACUACAUCAGGGUAUACACGAGCUUCUCCACUGAAACGUACUUAACAUGCUUUAGUUUCUAUACCUGUAAUGAAAGUUUCCAAUUCAGUGAAUUUUGUACUCAGGAAAAUUUCAAAUAAAACAAAAAAAUAAUUGUGAAUGGUAUUUUUAUGAGAGAUUUUUGUAAGGCCUGUCUGUGCCUUGCGUGGGAGGUUGUAUGAAUAGUUUGAACUGAGGGUGGGUUAACUUUACAAUUAAAACAAUCUGUGAUUUGGGAAGGUUUCGAUAAGUUGCCAAAAAUAAAAACAUUGUUCGAUUCCAUUAGAUUUUAUAAAUGAAAUACGAAACCUUCUCAAUGUAAUGUAAUUAUAAUUCUACAAUUGUAAUUAUCAAUUCCUGAAUGUGUGAUAUUUUAUCAUAAGCAAUGUUAAAAUAAUUAUGCAAUUCGUCAAAGUAAUGCAAACGCAAUUGAACAAUUUUAUUUAUAUCACAUUAAGUCGUGUUUCUUUGAAUCAAUUAAAAUUAUUUAGUUGCGUACUCAGUAUUACUUUGCUUAUUUUUUUUUAAUUGUUUCUUGGACUAGUCUCAUCUCUAAUUAUUGUUAGAGACUUGUUGCAAUUAUUUUGAACAUUUCUUAUGACGUAUUCAAAGGCUGUAUGAAUUUUUUUAGAAUGUAAGUUGUAUGAUUGUUAUUUUGUAUGUAAGUUGUAUGUAUAGUAUUGGAUUUUUUUACAACAAAUAGCUCUUAAGUGUUUCUAAGGGGCCUAAAUUAUUUUUAUUAUUCCUGGGACAUUCCCAUUUUUAUACAAAACAAAACGCAUGAAUCUAAAUUUUGAGAGUUAUUUUUACAGUAAUUAUUAUGCACAAAUUAACUAUAUUCUCACCCACAUUUUUAUUUUGAUCAUGAGACUUGUGAAAAGAUUAGUAUUUGUUUCAUUUAUUAAGAGUAACAGUGGUACUGAAAGAAAAACUAAUCUUGAUAUCUUAAACAUGUUAAAUUGUUAUAUUUUAUUUAUCCGCCGUUAAAUUUUAUGGGGCUUCAGUAACAUCAUGACCAUUCUGAAGAUAAAUGUAGCAAAUUCAGGUAGAAACAUAAAUGAAGAAAAUAAGUAAGAGUGAACUUUAACUAUGUUGGUUGAAUGUUAUUGUUUUGAUUGUGCCAUGUUAGGUUGACUGUUAUACCGUGCAUUCAUAAUAAAUUAUUCCCAAAGAUUAGUUCCCGUUUCACUCAAUUUAUUAUUCAAUUAAGAGGGAACUUUUCUUUACGGACAAUUUUGAGGUGAAACGCACCGUAUGUUGUACCCCAAUCACAACCGAUGUUCACCAAAGGACAAAAGUAUGUAAUGAAGACUGAAAUUAGCUCAAGUGCCGUAUGAAAGUGUUGAAAUAUGCGGCGUAUUCCAAGAUAAUUAAUUAAUUUGUUGAACAUCGGUUUCUUAUAAAACUUUUUAUUUGUAUUGUUACCAUGUCUAGGGUGCCUAUUGACCAAUUUAUCAAAAUUUUAUUGUAUUGCCUAUUAAUUAAUUUUCUUUUUGGUUCAUCUAUUGCACUUCUUUCAGUUUAAACACUGUAAAAUUCCCACCCAAUACAAUGGGGACAUUUUUGUAGUUCAUUUAAAAAUAAUAUUUCAUUUAAAAAAAUA